AUGGUGACCGAUCCGGCUGGCGUCGAGCGCACGCGGCCUCUUUACCAGGUCACCAACAAUGACAAGAAGAGGGUGGCUUACUUUUACGAUUCCGAUAUUGGAAACUACUCUUAUCCUACGGGCCAUCCCAUGAAGCCGCAUCGCAUCCGUCUUGCGCACAGUCUGGUUAUGAACUAUGGCGUGUACAAGUUCCUAGAGGUUUACCGCGCGAAGCCUGCGGUCUUCACCGAGAUGACUCAAUUUCACACCGAUGAAUACAUCGAUUUCCUGCAAAAGGUCACGCCCGACAACAUGGACUCAUACAUGCGUGAGCAGAGCAAGUACAACGUCGGAGACGACUGUCCCGUCUUCGAUGGUCUGUUCGAGCUGUGCGGCAUCAGUGCUGGCGGCAGUAUGGAGGGCGCUGCGCGACUCAAUCGUCAGAAGUGUGACAUUGCGGUCAAUUGGGCUGGCGGCCUGCAUCAUGCAAAGAAGAGCGAGGCUAGUGGUUUCUGCUAUGUCAACGGUAUGCCUCCCUUGAUUGUGCAGGAUGUCUGUCUCGAAUACAUUGUGCUCGCCAUCAUCGAACUUCUCCGAUUCAAAAAGCGCGUGCUCUAUAUCGACAUUGAUGUGCAUCACGGCGACGGCGUCGAGGAAGCCUUCUACACCACCGAUCGCGUCAUGACCUGCUCCUUCCACAAAUAUGGCGAGUACUUCCCCGGCACCGGCGAGCUCCGCGACAUCGGCAUUGGUGCUGGUAAGAACUACGCUGUCAACGUCCCGCUCCGCGAUGGUAUCAAUGACGAGAGCUACAGGAGCUUCUUUGAGCCCAUCAUCGAUGCCAUCAUGAAAUACUACCAGCCCGAGGCUGUUGUCCUCCAAUGCGGUGGUGAUUCUUUGUCUGGAGAUCGGCUGGGAUGCUUCAAUCUCAGUAUGCGGGGUCAUGCCCAGUGCGUUAACUACGUUCGCGGCUUCAACCUCCCUACUCUGGUUCUGGGUGGUGGUGGCUAUACUAUGCGCAACGUUGCCCGCACCUGGGCCUACGAGACUGGAAAGCUGGUCGGGCUCGAUCUGGAUCCUGUACUCCCUUAUAACGAAUACUACGAGUACUACGGCCCCAACUACGAGCUCGACGUCCGAGCCUCCAACAUGGAGAACGCAAACAGCCACGAGUAUCUUGAGAAGAUCAAGAUCGCCAUCAUCGAGAACCUCAAGAAGACGGCCCCGGUUCCCUCCGUGCAGAUGACCGAUAUCCCGCGUCAAAGCUUGGGUUUGUCCGAUGAGGAAGAGGCCGAGCUCGACGAUCUCGAUGAGGACGAGAACAAGGACGUGCGGAUGACGCAGAGACGGUGGGAAAAGACUGUUGCGAGGCAGGACGAGUACGAGGACAGCGACGACGAGGACAUGGCCCAGGCCAACGGAGUUCACACCGUCGAGCACAAACGCCCUUCCAUCCUCGACCAUCCCAACCCUUAUGCAGACGUCGAUAUGGAUAGUGGACUAGUCACCCCUGUCGCGGCUGCUUCGCCUCCGCCAAAUGGUGCCGCCGAGGUGUCCAACGAAGAGCCUGAAGAGGUCACCAUGGAGGACGCCGAUGCUAGCGCACCAACGGAGGCUGCGGAGGUUGCGGAGGCUGCGGAGGUUGCGGAGGCUGCGGAGGCUGCAGAGGCUGUAGAAGAAGCUGCCAAGGACGAUUCCAAGGUAGACAAUGACGGUGAUGUUGACAUGGGUGAGGCCGACGCUCCGGUGUCUGACAAGCCUGAGAUCAAGAAGGAGGAGAUCGAAGGUCAGCAAUCUGUUGGCGGAGCGGACGCUGAGAAGGCCAAGUCGGCUGAGCCAACAACGCAAGCCGAGUCCAAGGCCCAGCCAGCAGCUGAGAAACAGAAGUCGCCUUCCCCCUCGGCAACGAAGGCGGAACCGGCCGCCGAGACUGAUGUGACCAAGGAGGCGGACAAGUCCGAGGAGAAGAAGACCGACAGCGGCACCGAGAAAGACACUUCCAAGGGGGCGGAGGAGGGCUCGGCGGCGGCCGUCAAAGAGGGCGAGUCAUGA